UAAGUAUAAAAUUGUAGUGUUUAAGUAAAUUGAUGAGAGGAUAAUUUUGGGGGGAAAAACAGAAAGCCCACCCCGCUCCCUCCAAAACCCUCCGAUUUCCCCCCAAUCUCAAUCCCGUUUAAAACCCUAAAAAAGCUCUUUCCCCCCUCUUUUCUCUUCCCCUCCAAAAUCCCUCCCUUCCAACCGUCUCUCCCAGCGAUGGCAUUUCUCGAAAAAGGAGGCGGAGGAGAUGAGGAGGAUGCCGACACCCCGAUUCGCUACGUUUCCUUAGACCGCGUGUACUCCGCCGCUUCUCUUUGCGUCAGCGCUACUAACUCCUCCAACGUUAUGUCCAAAAAGGUUAAAGCUCGUAAACUCAUCAUCGACAACCACCACCAUCACCACCUUAAACCCCACAAUCCCCCGCUCUUGCAUGUCUACGCUCGCCGCCCUAAACGGCCCCGCCAAUGCGUCUCCUUCUACGACUCUUUGCUCGAAGAUGAGAGCGAAACGGUGGUCAAAAGUGAAGUUGAUGAGAGUGUGAGGAAAAAGAGGAGGGUUGGGAAAAGUGAGUUGGCGAAAUUAGGGGUUGAUUCGAGUGUUUUGAGUGAGUUGGAUCGCCCGCGUUUGAGGGAUUCUAGAAAUAAUAAUAGUGUUAAUAAUAAUGUUAAUAAUAAUUCUGUUAAGAAAAGGAGGCAUAAUUCCACUCCGAGUUCGCAGCGGGCUGUCACUGGUUCUGCAACUGCUAGGAAAUGGGUCAGGUUGAGUUUUGAUGCUGUACAUCCGAAAGCAUUUGUUGGAUUGCAAUGCAAGGUUUUUUGGCCAUUGGAUGCUGAUUGGUAUUCUGGCCGAGUUGUUGGAUACAAUGCGGAGACUAAUAGACAUCAUGUUGAAUAUGAGGAUGGAGAUGAAGAAGAUUUGAUUCUUUCUAUUGAGAAACUGAAAUUUCAUGUUUCUCAUGAGGAGAUGGAGUGCCUGAACCUGAGUUUCAGUGUUAAUAGUACAGAUGAUGAUGGUUAUGAUUAUGAUGAGAUGGUUGCGUUGGCUGCCAGUCUAGAUGAUUGUCAAGAACUUGAACCUGGGGAUAUUAUAUGGGCAAAACUUACUGGUCAUGCUAUGUGGCCGGCAAUCGUGGUAGAUGAAUCACUUGUUGGUGAUCGUAAAGGUUUAAGCAAGGUUUCUGGUGGAAGAUCAGUUCCAGUGCAAUUUUUCGGCACCCAUGAUUUUGCAAGAAUAAAAAUUAAACAGGUGAUCUCAUUUCUCAAAGGACUUCUUUCUUCAUUCCAUCGGAAGUGCAAGAAACCUCGAUUUACAAGGGGCUUGGAAGAAGCAAAACUGUAUCUGAGUGAACAGAAGCUUCCAAGAAGAAUGCUACAGCUACAAAAUGGAAUUGAUGUAGAUGAUGGUGAAUGUGCAAGUAGUGAGGAUGAAGGAAGUAUAGAUUCAGUUGAAGAUCACAUAAAACAUCAGGGGAUUCAGAUAACUCCUGGUGGACUUGGAGAUUCUCCAUAUGUAAUAGGAGAUUUGCAAAUAAUUAGCCUCGGAAAAAUUGUCAAGGACUCGGAAUAUUUCCAAGGUGAUGGGAUCAUCUGGCCUGAAGGGUACACUGCUGUGAGGAAAUUUACUUCAUUAAUAGAUCCAAGUGUUUGUACCUUGUAUAGGAUGGAAGUGUUGCGAGAUCCUCAGUCAAAGAGUCAUCCUUUAUUCAGGGUGGCAAAUGAUGGAGAGAAGUUUGAAGGACCUGAUCCAUCUGCUUGUUGGAAUAAGAUAUAUAAAGGGAUAAGAAAAAGACAAAACGAUUCUUCUUAUGAUUCGAAGGUUGGAAUAAAAAGAGUCUUCGAAUCUGGCUCUGACAUGUUUGGUUUCUCCAAUCCUGAAGUUAUAAAAUUAAUACAGGGGUUGUCGAAAUCCAGACUUUCUUCAAAGUUCUCGGCAUUCAAGGUAGCGUCUGGAAGAUAUCGAGAUCUGCCUGCUGGCUAUAGACCUGUUCGUGUGGACUGGAAAGACCUAGAUAAGUGUAGUGUCUGCCACAUGGAUGAGGAGUAUGAGAACAAUCUGUUCCUCCAGUGUGACAAAUGCAGAAUGAUGGUCCAUGCCAGAUGCUAUGGUGAACUUGAACCUGUUGAUGGUGUUCUGUGGUUGUGCAACUUAUGCCGCCCAGGGGCACCCCAGUCUCCUCCAGCUUGCUGUCUUUGCCCUGUUAUAGGAGGUGCCAUGAAGCCUACAACUGAUGGCCGAUGGGCUCAUCUGGCUUGUGCCAUUUGGAUUCCUGAAACAUGUUUAUCUGAUGUCAAGAGAAUGGAACCCAUUGAUGGGCUAAAUAGAAUCAACAAGGACCGUUGGAAGCUGUUAUGUAGCAUCUGUGGCGUAUCUUAUGGUGCUUGUAUCCAAUGUUCAAACACUACGUGUCGGGUAGCAUAUCAUCCACUGUGUGCACGUGCUGCAGGUCUUUGUGUUGAGCUUGAGGAUGAGGACAGGCUCUUUCUCCUCUCUGUAGAUGAAGAUGAUGAAGAUCAGUGUAUUCGUUUGCUUUCUUUUUGCAAGAAGCAUAGGCAGCCAUCUAAUGAUCGAUUAACAUCUGAUGAACGAGUUGGCAGAACAGUACGUCAAUGUUCUGAGUACACUCCACCCCUUAAUCUGUCUGGUUGUGCUCGUACUGAGCCUUACAAUCAUUUUGGAAGAAGAGGCCGCAAAGAACCUGAAGCCCUUGCUGCUGCAUCCUUAAAGCGCUUGUUUGUAGAGAAUCAACCCUACUUGGUUGGUGGCUGUUGCCAACAUGGACUGUCAAGCAGCACAUUACCUAACAAUGGAGUGAAUGGUGUCAAAUUCUCUUUCAGUCUUAACAAGCUUAAAGCCCCCCAGCUCGAUGCUCCUAACAACAUUCUUUCUGUGGCUGAGAAGUAUAAUUACAUGAGGCAGACCUUUCGAAAGAGACUGGCAUUUGGGAAAUCAGGAAUUCAUGGGUUUGGAAUCUUUGCAAAGCAUCCACAUAGGGCAGGAGACAUGGUGAUUGAAUAUACUGGUGAACUUGUUAGACCUUCUAUAGCUGAUAGGAGGGAACAUUUCAUAUACAAUUCAUUAGUGGGUGCUGGGACUUACAUGUUUCGAAUUGAUAAUGAACGAGUGAUCGAUGCCACUAGGGCAGGAAGCAUAGCUCAUCUGAUCAAUCACUCAUGUGAACCGAAUUGCUACUCAAGAGUUAUCAGUAUUCAUGGUGAUGACCAUAUUAUUAUAUUUGCAAAGAGAGAUAUUAAACGAUGGGAAGAGCUGACAUAUGAUUACAGGUUCUUUUCCAUUGACGAGCAUUUGGCAUGCUUCUGUGGCUUUCCAAGAUGCCGGGGCGUUGUUAAUGAUACUGAAGCUGAGGAACAAGUGUCAAAGAUAUUUGUACCCCGGAGUGAAUUGUUAGAUUGGACAGGAGAAUGACAUAGAAGUUUCUAUUCUGAUGAAAUCCUUCAAACUCAUCUUGAAAUGCCAAUUUACGUGGACAGAAACACGGACCUCUGGUUCUUAUCUCACCUUGUACCUUUAUUUUUCAUUACCUCGUAUUCUUACCUCCCAAAGCCAAGUGGUUCAGCUUCUUAUUUUUCUUCUUCAAGCUGGUUCUUCUUGGAUCGGAUUUACUAAUUCUAAGAGAUGUUAUCUAAAUUCUUUGAACUUCAAGUUGAACAGGGAAGGAUACUUUGGCUGGGCGUGACUUUAGCUCAUUUUCCGUCUAUAUGUAACAUGGUAUUUCUAGGUAUGCAUAUGUACGUAAUUACAUUAACCAUUUGUAAAAAGAAAAAAAAAAAAGAAAUAACAUUUUCAGUAUUGCUAAUGAAAUGUGAGUCUCAAUUGUAUCUUAAAACA